CUUUCCACCACGCUGCGACUUCUGUACGCGUGGUGAAGGUGAACAAACGUCGAGGUGUAAAAGUUCGGCAGAUUUAGGUCUAAUGUACGAUCACGCGAUAACACAAACGCGUGCGCUUCACCAGAUGCACGCAGACUGCAAUUUUCCUUUCGCGUCACGCCUCAGCAAACAAACGCUCCCGAGGUCGUACUCCCAUCGCUGAACUCACUUGCCAAUACCUCUUGAUUGAUAUCGAAGAACGCUUACAUUCAAUUUACACUCACUAUUGUUCAAAGUGGAUGCGGCCUUGGGUUCAACCUCUUGCGCGUCCCACACAUCUACGACUCACCCCGUGUUGCGAUAUCGUGCUGUUAGUCACAAAGCAGAAACCUACGCAACUUGAUCUAAGCAGCGGCUACUCGCUCCAGCUCGUAUCGAAAUCAAACCAAGAUGUCUUCGCCACGUCGAGUUGUUGUGCGUCUGCGACCAGGCUCAGAUGGAGAUGCAACUCAUAUCCCAAAGUCUGGGAGUCAUGAGCAGCUCGAUCCCCCCACGCUGUAUCUGGAAAAGCUCGCGCAACAAUGGAUGCAGAUACGAGGUGAAGCUCAGCCGCAUGUCAAGUACACCUUGGAGAGCCUUCCUGCAGGGUACUCGCUGUGGCAGCGCCCAAGACCGAAAGACCCCAAACAUCUCGACAGGUAUCUCUAUGGGCACCCCAGCCAUAGGACUUUCGACUCCCCGAACCGGUUCUUUCCCCAUUUCCAGUAUCUUAUGGAAAAUGGAGACAGUAUAGGAUGCCCGUGCACCGUCUGCAGCGGCAGCUCCGGUGUCCUACCCAAGAGCGCAUCCGGUAGCGUGAAAAUGCGAAGCUACAGCGGUACGUCCUCAAACACGUCUUCACGCCCUUCGUCGGCAACUGAGCCUGCUCCACCACUGGCCUUACCAACACGAGUUGCUGCACCGGUACCGCCCGUGCCUGUGCACCUCAAGGGUCGCCCGAAGAUUGUUGGCGUUGGUAUGGACACAAGUCGCGUGGACGAAGAGGGCACGCCUGACAUCUAUCGCAAUUUGAUCAACAAGCUUCGUCGUCAUGGGAAGAUCGAUGAACUCAUCGAAGAGCCGUUGAGUAUGGAUUGGAGAGCCGAGCAGGAGAUUCUGCCUGACAUGCUUCGCAAGAUCAAGGAGAAUCAGCAAUGGGUUCCUCGUGUCGGAGAUAUAGUAUUGUAUGUGCGAGAUCUCGCAGAAGACGUACACAUCAUUCGACACCCUAUUACGGCGGAUUAUAGAAUGUAUGACGAGAGGACGAAACUGUGGCUGGACCAUCCUAGCUGGAAGGCCGGAUUGGUCGGCGAAACACCUACUGAGCCCAUAACGAUAGAAGACGUCUUCGAUAAUGGCGACAAGGAGAGCAACGUUACAUACUCUGGCUUACGCGUGGAACCACUGCCAGACGUGAACAGUUCCGAUAAAUCCCAAUCAAAACGCCACAGGUAUGUUCCGGUUCGACACACGCGUCCAUUUGUCCUCUGGAGACAUCUAUUACAUCGAGUACCUAAGUUUGAGUGGCACCCGACAAUCCAGAACGCGCAGACAGUCACCUCGGUCAUGUCACUCACCGGUAAAUAUCGGUUCAAAGGCACGUGGCCCGAGGCUGUGGUCUAUUGUCGUGGAAUGUACAUUGGACACGAGAUGCUCGCUGUCGGUGACGUCGUCCGUCUACUCCCCAAUCUUAGUCUCGGACAGACCACAUCAACCGAUAUAUUAGUUGUCAAAUCGAUCCGCCUCAAGUGGUCCGACCUUGACAACGCAUCGGGAAACGACUGGGACGAAGAGAGACCAUACCGCUCCAGUGUCUGGAUUUACGGUACAGCAUACACGAGCGAUUCCUCUCGGAUGAACAAGGAGUGGCUAUCAGACGCUCACCCUCCCGCAGUCGCUGACGAUUACGGCGAAUGGUACCCCCUCCACCCACCGUCCAAGGAGCUCGCCGUCCCCUACUCUCGCAUACUUGGUCGCCUGUAUGAGCGCGACGCCCUAGCUUUGUGGCUGAACCAAAAGUCCCACCAUCAUCAUCUACUAGAUGCUGGCCGAGAGGGUCUGAUGGAGUCGCGCAUCUUCUCAACACAGAAUGACAACCGAAUAGCAGACAAAGUUGAUGCAAACUGGUACUGGGCGGAUAGCCGUGCUCAGGCACUUGAUCUGCACACCAUAAACGGUCUCGAUGUCUCCACACGUGAUCAGCUACGCGACCCAAAGGACUGGAGAAGGAAGAUAAAGACCAUGGACGGCAUGACGAACAACCAAGCCCAUCCCAACGCAAAGCUUGCUGGCGCCCCCAGUCUAGCUGGACGCAGUCUGCGAGGUUUCAUGGCACCCGCUCUUUCGGACUUGCCAGUACGCACGCAAUUCUCCAGAGUUGAAGACGGAACUAGCACAGGCAGCAGUGUUACCGGUUCCUCGACCACUGGGACGAGCUCGGGUAUGAGAGUGUCGAAGAAACGCCCAGGACCCCACACUGCCAACGCCAGCAGCGAUGAGGGCGAAGACGAAGACGACAAGGUCAAUGAAGAGAUUAGGCAGACUAUGAGAAUGGUGGAGGAUCGCAGCAAGGUGCACACGAAGAGAGCUCGGGUCACGGUCGUCAUUGAUUGACGGCACACGAGCAGAGUCUCGUGAACGACGACUUGCAAGACCGGCAUAACAGAAUUAUGCACCGCGGCCGUAGGAGGCUCCAGGUGCGCACGGACCAUGAAAGGACAUAUUAAGGCAUAUAUAUUAUAACGAUUAUCAUAUGGUCAGGCUACAUGAUCAGUUGAGCCGGUGGCUGUACUUAAGAGCCAGGAGAGAUGUAUGUCUCGACUCUCGUCAAGCAUGUAAGGAGGAGCAUGCACGUGCACAUCCAUACGAUGCUAUAUCAGGGAUGUGUUUGC